AUAAAAGUCAUUCGAACGAAGCAAGAAGGAAACCUUAUAGUAGAUGAUGUUUCAAACAGGACUGUUAGCCCCAAGAAGGCUGAUAUAUUAGAUGUUGUGGGAAUGCUGUAUGUUGGAGGAUUGCCCAUUAACUACACAACUAGAAGAAUUGGUCCGGUCACCUAUAGCAUCGAUGGCUGCAUCAGAAGUUUUAAAAUGACAGAAUCACCUGUUGACCUGGAUAAGCCAACUUCCAGCUUCAAUGUUGGAAAAUGCUUUGUCACUGCACAGAAAGGAACAUACUUCGAUGGAACAGGCUUUGCCAAAACAGUUGGUGCAUACAAAGUGGGAACAGACCUGCUUGUGGAAUUUGAAUUCCGUACAACACGAAUGAACGGUGUUCUCCUAGGAGUCAGCAGCCAGAAAAUGGAUGGGCUUGGCAUCGAAUUAGUAGAUGGAAAAGUGAUGUUUCAUGUUGACAAUGGUGCAGGCCGAUUCUCUGCUAUCUAUGAGCCCGAUGCACCAGGCAGCUUGUGUGAUGGACAGUGGCACAAGGUUCUUGCAAACAAGAUCAAACACCAUUUAGAGUUGACUGUGGAUGACAGACAGGUGGAUGGAAACAGCCCAAACAGGGCCUCGACCUCAGCAGACACUAAUGACCCUGUCUUUGUCGGAGGAUAUCCUGAUGGUGUGACCCAGUUUGGGCUGACCACUAAUAUCCGUUUUAAAGGAUGUAUUCGAUUUCUGAAGCUCACCAAGGGUACUGCUAAACCUCAAGAGAUUAACUUCAGCAAAGCUUUGGAGCUGAGGGGUGUUCAGCCGCUGUCAUGCCCUGCAAACUAACGGUCAUUCAGCCAGUAUGGGUCCGUUUAUAUAAGCACUUCACAUUAAAAAGAAAAAAAAUAUCUAUAUAUACAUUGCAUUCAUAAUAAAAUGUCUUUAUGC